CUCCUCUCAUAGUUUCUCAACUCCCCUGUUUUUUUCUCUGUUUUUUUAUCUACUCACUCUUCAGAUUCUCCACGCACACUGCAUAAAAUACAAAUCUUUCAGAAGCCCAGAUCAUAUUUUUCAGUUUUCUCAAAAACCCAGAUCGCGAUUUGUAGUUUUUCAAUCGAAUAUUGAUACAAAAAUGGAGAACAACAACCAGUCGUUUUGGCAGUUCAGCGACCAGCUUCGAGUUCAAGGUUCCAACUUCGCAAAUCUGAACAUCAACGAUUCGAUUUGGAGCAAUUCGUACAGCAAGAGGCCCGAUGAGAGGAGGAAUUUCGAUAUAAAGGUCGGUGGCGAAGUGAGUCCGAUCGUUAAUUUGACCCCGAAAGGGUCCGAAUUCAACGGGUUCAACGACUCGUGGGUCGAUAAUCUGAAGCCGAAAGCGGCGUUUUCCGACGCGAACGGCAGUUCCAACGACGGCUGGAACAGCUUCAAGCCGAAGGCUUCCGAAUUGAACAAUGGAUUCAACGACAGCAGGUGGAACAGCUUCAAGCCAAAAGCUUCGGACUUCAACAACGGUUUUAACGACGGGUGGAAACUCGGCGGCGCCGCCGUGUCGCAGAAUACCACUGUUGGUCUCAAUGGCGGUUUCAACAAGGGGAUUUACUCCAAGCCUGCAUUUCACAACAAUAACAACAACAAUGCUAUGAACUUGAAGCCUUACAAGAACAAGGCUCACGAGGAUGAUCAGAUGCAUGGCGGGAAAAUUGGGAAGAAGAACAACAAUAACAGCAAUCCCGGUAAGAAGAAAUCCGGCAGCGGCGGCGAUGAUAAUAACAAGGAUGGAAAGAGUAGCGUGGAUAAGAGGUUUAAGACGCUUCCGCCGGCCGAGUCUCUGCCGAGAAAUGAAACCAUUGGUGGAUAUAUCUUUGUCUGCAACAAUGAUACCAUGCAAGAGAAUCUUAAGAGGCAGCUUUUCGGUUUGCCUCCACGUUAUCGUGAUUCCGUGAGGGCGAUAACUCCGGGGUUGCCCCUUUUCCUCUACAACUACUCCACCCAUCAACUCCAUGGAAUUUUUGAGGCUGCAAGUUUUGGAGGUACCAACUUUGAUCCAUCGGCCUGGGAGGACAAGAAGUGUCCCGGCGAGUCACGUUUCCCGGCUCAGGUUCGAGUUUUUACUCGUAAAGUCUGUGAGCCACUUGAAGAGGACUCAUUCAGGCCAAUUCUUCACCACUACGAUGGUCCUAAAUUCCGACUUGAGCUUAGCGUACCUGAGGCACUGUCUCUGUUAGAUAUAUUUGCAGACCAAAACCCUUGAACAGCAACAAAAUAUAGAGGCCGUACAGAACUUACAAGAUACAAAUUAGUGAAGAGAGAGAGAGAGAACAUAGGGCUUACUUGGCACCAGAUAUAUAUAUAUAUAUAUAUAUAUAUAUAUCUAUAUAGUGCGUCGAGAAUGUGAGAAGAGUAUGAGAAGAAUCAAUCAGAAGACGGUGAAAACAUAUAUAUAUAUAUAUAGUGUAUAAUAUGUAAACAUGUAUAAUCCUAUGUUUGCAAGACGCCCAUAUAUAAUGUUAUGCCUUUGGCUUUUCUGUUA